UGAGAUUUCUCCCGCUCACUCCAAAGAUAUCCAAAAUUCGAAGCUUAAUUUUAUUUCCUAAAUUUCCUCUUUAAUUUCUCCAUAAUUCGAAAAUUGAUUUUAUUUCCUAAAGUUUCUCAUUAAUUUCCCCACAACGAUUUAUAAUUUCUCCAUGAUUCGAAAUUGAUUUUAUUUCCUAAAAUUUCUCAUUAAUUUGUUUUCUCCACGACGAUUUCCAAAAGGGUUUUCUUUCUCUGAUUGUUCUCCACUAGUCACACUAGUACAUAUAGACCUCGUCUCUCCGUCGCUUCAUCAUUACUUGGUCUUUCUCUGCUCAUUUCGUCUUCUUAGCUUUCUCCGAUUACGCGAAAAUGGCAGUGAAAAACAAACAGAUGAAACGCGCUGAGCCAGAGUCAGAUCUGUGUUUUGCUGGGAAACCAGUGUCUGUUGUCGAGUCGAUGAUUCGAUGGCCUCAUCGCUACCCAUCCAAGAAAACAAAGCUUGAAGCUGCGACGGCGACGAAGGGUGACAAAAAGGAAAAGAUAAAGCUAGCGAAACGUCACUACGAGCAAGCUUUGGUUGAUGGAGUUCUCAUCAACCUCAAUGACGAUGUCUACGUCACGGGUCUACCAGGGAAGCUGAAUUUUAUUGGAAAAGUUAUUGAAAUGUUCGAAGCAGAUGAUGGGGUGCCUUACUCUCGGAUUCGAUGGUUUUACAGACCCAAUGAUACUUUGAUCGAAAGAUUUGCCGAACUUGUGCAAAAAAAGAGGGUGUUUCUAUCAAAUGUUGAGGACGAUAAUCCUCUCACCUGCAUUUAUUCGAAAGUCAACAUCGCUAAAGUCCCAUUACCAAAGAUUACCUCCAGAAUCGAGCAAAGGGUUAUUCCUCCAUGUGACUAUUACUAUGAUAUGAAGUACGAAGUGCCAUAUCUGAAUUUUACAAGUGCAGAUGAUGAUACUGCUGCGUCAUCAACUCUUUCAAGUGAUUCCGCCUCGAAUUGCUUUGAAACUCUCCACAAAGAUGAAAAAUAUUUAUUGGAUCUGUACAGUGGAUGCGGAGCGAUGUCCACAGGUUUCUGCAUGGGAGCUUCCAUAGCAGGAGUAAAAUUGAUUACGAAAUGGUCUGUGGAUAUAAAUAAGUUUGCUUGUGAUAGUUUUAGACAUAAUCAUCCUGAAACAGAGGUGAGAAAUGAAGCCGCAGAAGAUUUUCUAAUUCUCCUCAAAGAAUGGAAAAGGCUCUGUGAAAGGUUUUCUCUCAGUUCAAGCACUGAACCAAUGGAAUCAAUUUCUGAGUUGGAAGAUGAAGAAAGUGACGAAAAUGAUGACAUAGAUGAGGCAAGUACUGGUAUGGAACUCUCAGCGGGAGAGUUUGAAGUAGAAAAGUUUGUUGGCAUCGUUUUUGGAGAUCCUAAAGGCACAGGGGAAAAGACACUUCAUCUUAAGGUAAGGUGGAAGGGAUACAGUCCUAAGUAUGAUACAUGGGAACCUUACUCUGGCUUAGGCAAUUGUAAGGAGAAGCUCAAGGAGUAUGUGACAGAUGGGUUCAAGUCUCAUCUUUUACCACUUCCCGGUACUGUUUACUCUGUGUGCGGUGGGCCACCCUGCCAAGGGAUCAGUGGCUAUAACCGGUUUAGAAACAAACAAGCACCGCUUGAGGAUAAGAAAAACCAGCAACUUUUGGUGUUUUUAGACAUCAUUGACUUCCUCAAGCCAAGUUACGUGCUUAUGGAAAAUGUUGUAGACCUUCUUAGGUUUUCAAAGGGUUACCUGGCACGUCAUGCUGUGGCUAGCUUUGUUGCCAUGAAUUACCAGACGCGGUUGGGCAUGAUGACGGCUGGAUCCUACGGUCUCCCUCAGGUUAGAAACAGGGUUUUUUUAUGGGCCGCACAACCAACAGAGAAACUCCCCCCUUACCCACUUCCAACACAUGAAGUUGAGAAAAAAUUCAACACACCAAAGGAAUUUGAGGAUUUACAAGUUGGACUUAUUCAAAAGGAGCUUCUUCAAUUAGACAACGCUCUUACGCUGGCUGAUGCUAUUAGUGACCUACCACCUGUGACAAAUUCUGAGGCAAAUGAUGUAAGGAAUUAUAAUGAUGCUGCUCCUAAGACAGAUUUUGAGAACUUUAUUAGCCUUAAAAGAUCUGAGACACUAUUACCCGUAUGUGGUGGAGAUCCGGCGCGCAGGUUGUUUGAUCAUCAGCCUCUUGAAUUAAGAGAUGACGACUUGGAAAGAAUUUCCUACAUACCAAAAAAGAAGGGGGCAAAUUUUCGUGAUAUGCCUGGUGUUUUAGUUCACAACAACAAAGCGCAACUUAACCUUAGGGUGAAGCGAGCAAAGUUAAAAUCUGGAAAGAAUGUGGUCCCUGCUUAUGCAGUUUCAUUCAUAAAAGGAAAAUCAAAAAAGCCUUUUGGUAGAUUGUGGUGGGACGAAAUAGUUAACACGGUUGUGACAAGGGCAGAACCUCACAACCAGUGCGUAAUCCAUCCAAUGCAAGAGCGUGUGUUGUCUGUCCGUGAGAAUGCCAGACUACAAGGGUUCCCUGAUUGUUACAAGCUUUGUGGCUCAAUUAAGGAAAAGUACAUCCAGGUUGGGAAUGCAGUGGCAGUUCCUGUAGGGGUUGCGUUAGGAUAUGCAUUUGGUAUGGCGAGUCAAGGACUGACGGAUGAUGAGCCUGUAAUCAAGCUGCCCUUCAAGUACCCUGAAUGCAUGCAGGCAAAGCCGGAGGAUCAAUCUGAUUGACGGUCUCCAUCAAGGCCUCAUCAUGAAGCUCUCUAUCUUUAGGAAUCGUACUCCAUUUUCUAGACUGCUUAAUGUUCUUUUAUUUCUUUUUGGGUCAGCAAGAGCUAUAUGCUCAAACAAUGGCUUUAACUGUUAGCUCUUGAUCGUUGUUUCUACUUCUUAGUUUAUGUUGACCUUAUCUUCGUUUGGAAACAAUUCUAUUUCUUAUGAUCUUUGAUCUAAAGAUUUUAAAUUCUUGUGAUUA